AUGAAUCAUAUUAUAAAACAGGAAACGACCUCCUCGGAGCUCAUUCAAGUCGCUACUUUAAAAUUCAAACCGUCCCUUCAGCAGGGAGAUGAGCUGCCUCUUUCGUUUCGCGACGUCUGCCGACAGCUCCAGGCGGUUCCCGGCGUGUCAUCCACAUAUUUUGGCCAGCAAAUCGAGCGUCCCGGAACUUGGACUUGGAUUAUUCGCUGGGCUUCUCUAGCAGCACACGACGCAUUUCUUGCCUCGCCCAGUUUUACGAACUGGAUUGCCUCGUUCCGCGCCGUAGUGGAGACGUACAUCUUCUGGAAAGCCUUGGUUCGGGGGAGUCUUAGUGCAACAUUAAAUGCCCCCUGCACAGAGGUCUUCACGGCCUACGGCGCAUCCGACACCUGGCUCGAGAUGCGAAUGAAGCCCUUUGUGGACAAUGUCGAUGCUGCCAAUAUUCCGGUCCACCAUGGCUCAUUUUACGGCCAGUAUGACGUCCUCAUGCAUGAUUCGCAAAACGUCCCCGAGGGGACUACAGUUAGCAUGAUGCUCGGCUGGGACAGCAAAGAGGCGCAUCUAGCCGAGCGUGGCGAGGACAAAGUAAUCGACAAAAACAUCCAUUAUCUGAGAGAAGAGAGAAAAUCAGCCGACAUGGUUCUCUGCCAGCCUCAUGCCCUGUCUAUGACUAUGUUUGAAGAUACUUCUAUUGGCGACCACGGCCGUCGCGUCAAAACAUCAUCACCCUACACAACAAAUCCUGCGGAGCGCGUGGCAAUGCAGCUGUAG